GACAUGGAUGGGGCAAAGCUUUAGGAACAGAAACUUUCCCAGUGUCACGACUGACACCUCGGACACAUUUUAAAGUGCUGCUAUGUGGGGCUGUCGGAGCGCAGGAGUCCGCCUGAAGCUGCUCGGCCUCCUGCAGCCCUGCUGGCUCCGGACUCGGUGCCGAACACGAGUUGUUGUUAACCUGCAGCGGUUCUCUACGUCUCUGGCUUCUUCACCCAGACCUCCGUGGAGGGUCCUGUUUUUGGGCACAGAUCAGUUCGCUGUCGAGUCUCUGAAACUUCUCACAUCCAACAGGAGCUCCAGUAAAAAGAUAGUGGAGAACCUUGAAGUUGUUACUUUGAGUGAUGACGUCCCAGUGAGGAGGUUUGCUCAGCAGAACCAGCUUCCACUCCACAGCUGGCCCCCUGAAGACGUGGACGGACGGUUUGAUGUCGGGGUUGUUGUGUCUUUUGGCGUUUUACUCCCUGAGAGACUGAUCAAGAAAUUUCCACACGGGAUUUUGAAUGUUCACCCCAGCCUGCUGCCAAGGUGGCGAGGUCCAGCACCUGUCUUCCACACCAUUCUACAUGGUGACACCAUGACAGCAGUCAGCAUCAUCCAGAUCCGCCCUCACAGGUUUGAUGUAGGCCCCAUUCUCAAUCAGGAGCUUCAUCAGGUCUCUAAGAACUGCACCGCUGAGGAGCUUGGAGCUGCUCUGGCCACGAAAGGAGCACAUCUGCUGAUUGAUACAUUGAGUACACUGUCUGAAAGAAUAGCAAAUAAAAGGGAGCAAGGACAGAUAGGUGCCACAUUUGCCCCAAAAAUCAAUGCAUCCAUGAGCUGGAUUUUGUGGGAGGAACAAACCUGUGACCAAAUCGAUCGUCUGUAUCGUGCCAUCGGAUCUCGGAUACCUUUAAGGACUACAUGGAUGGACAGUACAGUAAAACUUAUGGAUUUUGUAGGAAAAUGUUACAUUUCAUUAUCAGAUCAAAGGACGACAGUGAUCCCUGGCUCAGUGAGCUUCCAGAAGGAGUCCAACACUCUGGCUGUCUGCUGUAAGGAUGGCUGGGUGGGAUUCAGGACAGUGGUCCUGAAAAAAAGACUGACAGCAGUUGAUUUCUAUAAUGGCUACCUGCAUCAGACACUGCAGAGGAACACACCAGGUCAAACAGCUGAAGGACUGUUUGUCAGCAGAAAAGGAAGAACAGAAGCACAUCAGAUGAGAGACAACUCACCAAUGUGAAGCACUUUGAUGCAAUCACUGGAAACAUGACAUGAUCUAAUAGAAUUGACUGGUAUUAUUUUUGCUGUGUUUGCUGUUUCAAGUCAUCUACACAUGCAGCACAUUUAUUGUAUUAGUGUAUUUAUACUCUAUUCUUGCAGUAAACGAAUGUGCUUUGACUGGCAGACACCAGGAAGAAUUAUGAACUGUUUUUUUUUUUUUUUUAAAUUGAUUUCCUAAAUAUUUGCUGAAAGGGAUUUUUGUCAUAACUGCAAAUUUGCUUUAUUGGGUCCUAGAAAUUGUAACGUGUAGUUGGCUGUCUGUCAAUCAGUCCACUGUUCUGUCCACUACUUUGGUACAGAGUGAAAUCAUUUAACAGCAACUAUACUGUACUUCGGACUGAGUGCAAAUCACCAGAUGGUAGCGUGUUAAUAUGCUAAACAGACAGAAAACAUGGUAAAUACGAUGCCUGCUAAAGACUGGCAUGUUCGUAUGUACAACAUGUACAGACUAAACAUGAUGAUGGCCAAAUCACACAGUCUCUUCAGAGGACUUAUGUGGAGACAGAAGCACCAAUGUAGACUCUAAUCUGAAAUGCCUUUAAUUGGUCAUUUCUGAGGCUGGGAGCCAAAAUAAACUUAUCCUCUGUGGCAGAGGGAACUCUUGUUUAUCCUUUCUUAGGGCAGGUUUGUUCUGCACUGUAGAAAACUGGAGAAAAAAAAUAAAGAGAAAUCGUUCAGUGAGUAGGUUUAUAAAAAAUAAGUUUAAACAAAAAAAACAACAACCCAUUGUUUUAGACCAAGCAUUGCAAUCACUCUGUCAAAGACCAGCGGCCUUCUCAGCUCAUGGAACCCAACAAACAGCCUGAGGCGUUGACCCAGCCUCCAAACUCGAGAGAUCUCAAGCCAAAAAAGCAACUGUGGGAUACGCUGGAACAAGCUCAAUCCACAGAGACCAACUCUGCAACCCACAGGACCCAACGGAUCCAUUGCCAACCUUGUUCAUGUAUUGACAGUUCCAGAUCUGUUAAAAUUUUGAGGUAUUUUACAACCUUUUUAUUUGGUUGGGGUUUUUUUUGUUUGUUUUUUUUUAAAGCAACUGAAUCACAGACUGAAAGUGUUAUAGAGGGCUGGUUGUUCCCAUUCCCCACACUAUUUUAUUUACUAUUAUAAGUCACUAUAGUUUAUUGUAAGUCAUCCACUGCAUUUUUUAGGUAGCCUUCAAAGCUUGUCCAAUAUUGCUUAAAUGUCAAAUGAUUCAAAAGUGUAUCACCUCUAAGUUGACAGGCAGAGUAUUUUCUCGAAUGAAUAAUCAAAAACAGAAUAGAAUAGAAAAGUAAAUAUACCUGUGAUCACUGAUAUACAAAUUAGAAAACCUGUGACCAUUUAAACAAAAUUGUAUACACCUAUGAUUUCCAAAUUGCAUAAACGUGGGUAUUAAAACAUCUGUGAACAC